CGGCUCAGCUUUGAUUCGCUGUUCCCUAGUAACGCGGUCCGCUGUAGUGAUUGGCUGACUCGAGGGUCAAGGAAACGGGAAGAGCACAGGUUGCUUGUACUUGAUUACUCUCUGGGGAGGGUGAGAGACACUGACGGAGCGCUGUACUACUGCGACUCUUUCAGAAACGCGUGGCAUUUACCACAGGAGGGGCGCGCUGACAUAUCGCACGACUGAUCGUCCAUAAAUGGGGUGCUUGUUCUCCAAAAAAUCGAGGAGAAAAUCUCCUAAAAAAGACUCUGCUUUGCCCGCUGGGGACGAGAGCGCUACGGGCAAUGACCUCCCCGAAACCAACAACACUGCGCUGGGCAGCAACAGCAACCAGGAGGCUCCAAAGCAAUACAGCUGGGACAAACGAGAAAAGGUUGACCCGAAAGACUUCAUGCUGACAGGCCUAAAGAAUGAGACAGUGGGCCGGUUGCCAGGCAAACUCAAUGGCCAGCAGUUUGUCAUUCAGGAUUGUGAGAACUGUAACAUCUACGUAUUCGACCAUUCGGCGACUAUUACCAUUGACGACUGUGUGAACUGCCGUAUUAUUUUAGGUCCGGUCAAAGGGAGCGUGUUCUUCAGAGACUGCAAAGAUAUCAAGUGUGUGGUGGCCUGCCAGCAAUUCCGCACCAGAGACUGCAAGAAAAUUGAUGUCUUUUUGUGCUGCGCCACCCAACCCAUCAUUGAGUCUUCAACAGGCAUGAAGUUUGGCUGCUACCAGUACUACUACCCCGAGCUGGCUUUCCACUUUAAAGAUGCAGGCCUCAGCAUCUUUAACAACAACUGGAGCAAUAUUCAUGACUUCACACCUGUCUCUGGAGAGACCAAUUGGAGUCUCCUACCAGAAGAUGCUGUUGUCCUGGAGUAUAUGCCUCUACCAGAUCCUGAGUCAGAAUUCAAGUCAGUGAGAAUCUCUGCUGAAGCAAAUCGGAGCAUAGUGCCCCUGACCAAAGGAGGGCGCCGUACCGAGAGCGAAGAAUCCUGCCUGUUUGUCUUUUUUGCUGGAGACUACACCACUGCUAAUGCCCGCAAGCUCAUUGAUGAGACGACCACCAAAGGCUUUGUCCUCAUUCAGACCAAAGAGGUUUCCAUGCGCCCUGAGGAUGUGAACCGAGUGUUCCAGAAUAAUGCAGAAAGCCUCACUGAGUGGAUCACCAAAGGUCCAGUGGUAGCCCUCGAGCUGAAUGGAGAUGGUGUGGUGGAGGCGUGUCGAUCCAUUGCCAAUGAAGUGUUCAAUGGCACUAAGCUGUUUGUUUCUGAGAGCAAAAAUACGUCCUCGCGUGAUGUCGACAACUUUUUCAACUUUGCUGACAUGCAGAUGGGACUGUGAAACUGGCGCAAAGAAGCACUUCAAAUUAACGUGGGUUUAUAUUAGUUUGGUUUUGUCAAUUUUGUCAUUUCAGUGAAUUGGAAUUACUUAAUAUCUCAACACUUUUAGGGGUUUAUAUAACCACUAUUUUAACAGACAGUUUUCCUCUGUGAUCUGACCAUUUUACAUUUUCAUGCCAAUGAAAGAGGCAUAUGAUCAGUUAGGGUUUUGGAACCAAUCAUGAAGGCAAGUGCCUUUAGAUAGAGAACAAAAUUGAGAACUGGAACUUUAGUCUAAUCAAAUAUUGCUGUGGACAAUAUCACUUAUGCUGAAAAUAAUGAAUUUGAUUAUAUAGAUAUUUAUUUAAUAGUUUUUUCCUUAAAUGUAUAGCUGGAAAUUGUGUUUUAUUCUCCUUUGCUUGUAUACAUGUCAUU